UGUAGUUCAUAUGAUAUAUUUAUAUAUAUUUCCAGAUAUAGUUAAACUUGUAGCGCGUGUCAAACCUGAAAAGUCUUCAUAAAUUUGACAAUGUUGCUAAACUGAGUUAUAAAUAAAUUAAUGGAUGCUGCCUGGCUAUAACAUCAUCUCCCUCAGAGCUGAGAGAGAGCGGGAGAGUGAGAAUCAUAGAUGUCGCUCGCUUAGGCACUAAUGCUUGUUCUAUUAGUUUCCAUACUGCUUGACAUUCCAUGCCGAAACGAUUAUUAGUGCCCCUGAAAGUAUAGACAGCAGCUAUACAGCUAUGUGCAUAUACAUAGCUAUCUGUAGAUAUAUUUAUAUGUCUAAAUAUACACUCUAUAAAGAAUAUACACGUACUGUGGGCGUUGGCAGCCACACGCAGCGCUAAUAAAUUGAGAAAUGAUAGAAAUUGGCCAGAACUAGAAAGGAAAUCUAAAAUCAAUUAAUAAAUCAAUUGUAUAGCUCGCACAUACCACUAAUAAUCCCCCAGUGCUUCAAUUAGGUUAGCAGCUGUUGCCCGCGAUUCCAAGCGGAUAAACAAAAAACAAGCCCAAUUUUAAGUAUGUUGACGUGGGUCGGGAAUAAAAUAUUUGUAUUUAACUGGCAUUAUCUUUGAGCUCUAAGGCCGUAAGCCCAUGGAGCCGACGCUCCAUAUAUGUAUGUAUGUACAUACAUACGUCUUAAGGGUUUGAGUGCUAUAAAAGCAGAAGACAAGCAGCACUCAGCGAUCGUUCGCUUCUUUUCUGUUGUUGUUGUGCGACGUGCUUAACUUUUAUACGUUGCGCACUUAUUGAAACAACAAACACGUACGUAGCAUAUAUACAUAUGUAUGUGUAUGUGUGUGUGUGUGUGAAUGCAGAUAAACUUAAGGUCUGCAGUGGUCUCUCAGCAGUUGAAUUCACAGUUAACUAAUCCUCUGACUCUCAAUGUUUUCACUUUUUUUUAUGCUCAACUCUCACUUUACACACACACACACACACGCACACACGCUUACACUUACUGCCCAGCACAUUGGCCAAAUUGGUCAUCGGCUUGAAGGCCGGCAUUCAGUUUCUCCAACAUUUUCGGAGCAGGCACAGCUCGCCGCAACGCUUUAAUUAUUAUUAAUUCGAGAAAUAAAUAUAAACAGCGUGCAAGAUGAACUACUACAGGCUGCUGGCCAUAGCUUGCCUGUGUUCGGCCUCCACUUGCCAGGGUGGCUCGGUCUUUGAUUUCGUUACACAGUCUGCUCCACAAUUGGAUGAGGUGACCACAAAACCCGUUACCAGUCGAGACAUCACUAUCGGACCCUGUAAAUGGGCCAUUGGACGCAGCUGUCCCGAUCCUGAUGUCAAAUACUAUAUUUACACGCGUCAAAAUGUCAUGGAUCGUCAGAAUUUGCACAUUGGCGAGUCCGCAGAGCAAUCAAAUCUCACCAACUCCAACUUCAAUCCAAGAAAUCCCACCAAAAUACUCAUACAUGGCUACAACUCCGAUAUGUUCCUGAGUCCGUUGCAACAAAUGCGAGAUGAAUACCUAGCCAAAGGUGAUUACAACAUAAUCUAUGUGGACUGGAGUGUGCUGGCGCCGGGCCCUUGCUACAUAAGCGCCGUGCACAAUACGCGGCAGACGGGCGCCUGUACGGCGCAGCUGAUCGAGCGUCUGGUGGAGAUGAAUAAUACGGAUAUACACAUCAUUGGCUUCUCGCUGGGCGCCCAAGUGCCCAACUAUAUAGCGCGCAAUUUGAAAUCAUUUCAGCUGCCGCGUAUCACGGGACUGGACCCUGCGAUGCCACUGUUCAUUACCGCCGGCCUCAAUGACAAGUUGGAUCCCAGCGAUGCGGCAUUUGUGGACGUGAUACACACGAAUGCUCUGGUGCAGGGCAAGCUGGAGCGUUGCGGUCAUGCUGAUUUCUAUAUGAAUGGCGGCAUUUCGCAGCCGGGAUGCUCGGGACCACAGUGGAUGAAUUCCUUUGCCUGCAGCCAUCAGCGCGCCAAUGCAUAUUACCUCGAGUCCAUACGCUCGCCCAAGGGCUUCUGGGGCUGGGCCUGCAGUAGCUACAUCUUUUACUUGCUGGGCAUGUGUCCGCCCACAAACUAUCUGCUGGAGGCCGGUGACAAUGUACGUCCCGGCACGCGUGGCAUGUUUCUGAUAGACACCAACGACACCUCGCCCUAUGCGCUGGGCAAGUGGACGGAUCUGCCCACGCUUGGUGUCAAGCGUCCACGCACACCUCCGUUGCCGCAACGCAUACCAAUGCAGGCUGUUGAUCCGCUGCUGCAGCAUAUCGAUCCGUUCGGAAAGCUAGCCUACAAUUUCAAUAAUCUGCCAAGCACACCAGAUACGCACGAUCUCUAUGAGCACUGGACCAGCUACAGUCCACCGCAAAUUGGGGAAAGCGAGAGUGAUGACUCCAUCGAGGAGCAGGAUGUAGGCUCGGGCGAUUUUGCAGAGGUGCCGGAUGAUCGUCAGCUGAGGAACCCGCUAAACUGGUGGGAUUACAGACGCAAUCUUACCUAUGGCUACAUAGACAACGAUAUAUUCAGCACGCCGAACGUGCACUAACCACACACCACAAAUGCUUAGUUCCCUUCCCUUGCCCCAUAACCCAUAGAGUAUCUGAAAGACUCUCUCAUGCAUAUAACAUUCCAAGUAAUGAUAAUUUAACUGAACUUAAAAUAAUAAAUAGUAGUAUUAAUUUAAUCAAAUAUAAUAUUCCCCUAGGUGUAAGUAGUCAAAGUGAAGUAAAGUAAAAAUUACAAAUUUAAUGUUGUGUCUGUAAUGGCUACCCCUACUACAUAUAAAUAUUAGUAAAUACA